AUGUCAUUAAAUCAAUCAGGUGAUUCUGCACCUUCAUCACCAGCAUCAAGUAGUUCUAAUAGUAAUAACAAUAACAAUUCACAACAACAACAACAACAACAAAAUAUUAAUAAUAAUAAAAAUAGUAAUGCAUAUAAUAGCUUUUCAGGAUUAUUGUAUAGUUUAAAUAAGAGUAAUAGUAAUGUACAGCAACAACAUCAGCAACAUCAGCAACAACAACAAUAUGAAUAUAAUGGAGGGAUGAGACGAUCAAAUAGUGCUAUUGGAGUGUACAGUUAUUUGGGUGAAAAGGACCAAAGUUAUUAUAAUGGAUGCAAGAACUCUCUUUUACAUUCUCUUCAAAUCUAUGUUCUAAGGCCAUUUUUAAUUGGGUUGUCUGGUUCUUUUGGUUUAAGUGUUGGAUAUAUAUUAUUUGAUUAUAACCAAAGAGAAACCGAAGCUACUCUAUUAUUCAAGAUCGAAUGGGCGAUCAUUGUAAUAAAUGAAAGUAGAAUGCAUUAA